GAAAGCUGACAAACUCACAAAAGUACGAGGGUUAAAAAGCAUAUACACUCACCUCCCUAUGAUCAUCAUCACCAAUAACCUUCACGUUCAUAACAUUUCUCCCACCAUAACAAUGGCGGCACCACCACACAUUCUACCAUUCCUCAUCCUCAUCUUCCACCUGUCUCUCCUCCACGCCACACCACCGGAAAACAAUCACCCAGACCUCCCCCCACUCCUCUUAUUCAAGUCCACCUCCGACCCAUCAAACCAACUCACCUCUUGGACCGCCUCCAACAACCCAUGCUCCACCUUCUUUGGAGUCUCCUGCCUCCACAACCGAGUCACCCGACUCGUCCUCGAAAACCUCAACCUCCAAAACCGAUUCGACUCACUCACCUCCCUCACUCACCUCCGCACCCUCUCUCUCAAAAAUAACAACCUCACCGGCACCCUACCAGACCUAACAAACCUCACCUCCCUCAAACUACUCUUCCUAUCCAACAACCAAUUCUCCGGCAACUUUCCGGCCUCCCUACCGUCGUUAUUCACUCUUUACCGUCUCGAUCUUUCGUUCAACAACUUCUCCGGCGAGAUUCCGGCCACAAUUAACCAAAUGAACCAUUUGGUUACAUUACGGUUGGAGCAGAACCGGUUUACCGGUUCAGUUACUGUAUUGAAGUUGCAAAAUUUACAGGAGUUUAAUAUCUCCGGCAAUGAAUUUUCCGGUGAGAUUCCGUACGUACUGUCGAGUUUUCCGCUAUCUGCAUUCUCGAAAAAUAAAAAUUUGUGUGGAUUUCCGGUCGGUAACUGCACGGAACCCGGUCUAGCGUCGCCGGUGGAUAAACCGGAUUCACCGGCAAAUACAGUUAUAUCGUCUUCUCCGACGUCCAUGCCGUCGUCAACGACGUCGUUUCGUCGUGAGAAAUCCGGUGGCGAUCAUAACGGUAGUGGUGGAAAAAUAAGUACGGUUGCAAUUGUUGCAAUUAUAAUAGGAGAUAUAUUGGUUUUGGUGUUAGUGUCGUUAAUUAUUUAUUGUUAUUUUUGGCGGAAUUCGGUUAAAACUAACGGAAAGUCAAAGUCAAUGUCAAUGUCAAUGUCAGAGAAGGUUUUAGAGGGUGAGAAGAUAGUGUAUUCAACAAGCCCGUACCCGAACGCGAAUAUGCAGGCUGGGUUUGAGAGAGGUAAAAUGGUCUUUUUGGACGGGGUGAGGAGGUUUGAGGUGGAGGAUUUGUUGAGAGCGUCGGCGGAGAUGUUGGGGAAAGGGGGGUUUGGGACGGCGUACAAGGCGGUGUUGGAUGAUGGGAAUGUGGUGGCGGUGAAGCGGAUGAAGGAGGCGGCGAUUGGGGGGCGACGAGAGUUUGAGCAUCAUAUGGAGGUUUUGGGGAUGGUUAGGCAUCCUAAUGUUGUUAGUUUGAAGGCUUAUUAUUUUGCGAGGGAUGAGAAGUUGUUGGUGUAUGAUUAUUUGAGCAACGGUAACUUGUUUUGGCUUCUUCAUGGAAACAGAGGACCAGGUAGAACACCAUUGGACUGGACCACAAGGCUUAAGUUUGCAGCAGGUGCAGCCAGAGGCCUAUUCUUUAUCCACCACUCUUGCAGGUCACCUAAACUCACUCAUGGCAACAUCAAGUCCACAAACAUCCUCAUUGACAACACAGGCAAUGCGUGCGUGUCCGACUUCGGCCUUUCCGCCUUCGCCCCGCCAACCACCGCCCCAAAAUCCAACGGGUACCGAGCACCCGAACUACUAACAAUGGACCCUCGAAAAACCACUCAAAAAUCUGAUGUAUACUCUUUUGGGGUCCUGUUACUGGAGCUACUGACGGGCAAAUGUCCAUCAGUAGUGGAUAAUGGUGGGACCGGGUAUGUUGUACCUGUGGACUUGCCUAGGUGGGUCCAGUCGGUUGUACGGGAAGAAUGGACCGCUGAGGUUUUUGAUUUGGAGUUAAUGCGGUACAAAGAUAUUGAAGAGGAAAUGGUGGGGAUGUUGCAAAUCGCGUUGUCGUGUACCGCAGCUGCCCCGAAUCAACGGCCUACAAUGGGAUAUGUUUUGAAAAUGAUCGAGGAGAUACGCGGAGUAGAGGUGUCACCGAGUCAUGAGACACUUUACUCGGUAUCGGACUCGCCUUCUGUGUCAUCCGACACAUGCCGAGCCAGUGAGUAGUCAUGAGUGAUGAGCCGUUGAGGUGGUGUAACUUUUUUUUUUUUUUUUGAAAGGCGGUGGUGUAACUGUAAAGUAGCUUUUAUUUUUAUUUAUUUUCAUCUUAAGUUAAGUAAUUUUAGUGUUUUUUAUUUGUUGACAUUAUUCUUUAAAAACUGUGUCGUUCAAUUGGGGGGUGUUUUGUAUUCUGGUGUUUGUGUCGUUCAAUUGGGGGUAUUUUGUA